AUGACACUGAUUUACGAGCCACGCCGGACUUCCAAAGGAAGACGCAUUGUAAAGCGGUCACGCCCACGUCGUCGUCGAAACAACAGUCCUUCGUCAUCUAGAAAAACGAAAGCUAACAAAGCUCCAACCAAGACCAACCAAGAACAACUCGUGGGCGAAGAUUUGCUCGACUUCUGCAAUCAGCUAGAAGCGACGGUUCCUAAGCUUCCAAAAUCAACAGAUGGGCACAAGUCACAAAAGACCUCGUCAAAGAGGCCAUGUGCGUCGAACAUCAAUGUUGCGCAAAGUGGAAAUAGACGUCGCCCAACAGCGUUGGCGGUAGAUACUCGGUUCAUGGAAGUCCUACGCGACAACGACCUCUCAAGUAAUAUUAUUCAAAAUGUACAGUCUCUCCUUCAAAUGACAGCACACCGUGGAGUGGCUCCCAGUGUCCUUUCCAUUUCUGAAUUGCAACAGACGCAAAAGGGCGUGUCCAGUAUUCGAGUCCACUCUUCCUCUCCCAGCAAUGCGGAUUUGAAACCGUUGUAUAUUCCAACGCAAUCACUCCAAGCAACAGGUCCAGAAAAUCAUGAGACGGUCAACAACGAUGGAAUGGUCUUUCACUUGCCAAAACUCUUGUCGGCCAAAGCAUCUUGGAAGCUCUUCGGAGACUACGUGGUUUCGGCAAUGCAGAGUCCCAUCUUUCAAGAAUCACCUCCUUGCCACAAUUUGACAUUGCUCACCAAUGACGUCUCGUUCUUGUCCCACACUGGCACAGCCAACCAUGCAGAUGGUUUGAAUGCCUUUUGGGAACGAUGUAAACCAUUCUUUCUCGAACACAGACUGAACAGUAUCGAAAUUGUGGUCUUGUGGACCAAUGCUCAAAUCAUUAAUACAAAUGACGAUGAAUUUUCUGACAAUGUGACCACUGAAGAUGAUGCCGAGAAGAGAAGUGACGGGGAGCGAGAAACAGAAGAGGAACAAGUAAAUGCACCACCCCCUCGACAGACUGUAGUGGCAGAAUGCAUUGCCUCACUCAAUCAGCAACUCCGCGAAAAGGAGGAGGCAGAGUUUCGAGCCAAUCGCAGCAACAUUCAGUUUGAUGUCACUCAACACAUUCCCUCCAUUGAAAUGUCCGUCUUCACAGUGGAAAAUUCCAUCUUGGGAAUGAUGUCCAUGCUACGCAAGUGGUCUCGCGAUGAAGUUCCAGGUCCCCAACGAUUGCCACUGAAUCUCCCAGACACGAGCGACACUUCAAUUCACAAGGCACUGGUAUUGGAUGGCACAUACAAAACCAUUCCUUUUGCACUCGAUUCCAGCUUGAUGGUGGGAUUGCAAAACGAUUUGAAGCUGUUGGCGCAAUCGAAGCUGGAGGUGACAAAAAUGGUACCGAUUGAGUCCAUCGAUGCCUCACUACUUUAUGGUGUUCCCAUUCGAGUUCGUUCUGGUCUCCAAGCGGAUAUGGAAUCUCACCAAGCCAUGGUCCAAAUGGUACAAACCCUCUUCCAUCACCUGUCGCAAAAAGAACAAGCACUAAUCAUUACGUCAUCCUUACCAUCCGCAACCAACACUGGAGGGCUGUUUCAAUCCUCCCAUCAGCACAUUUUUGUUCUCAUGGCCGAAGAGAUUCCAUUGCUGCUUCGUUCGACCAUUCCUCCCUCGACAGGGAUACUAAUGCGCUUGGCCACCUCAGAUCACUUCAUUGAAGAGGCGGGGGCAUUCGAUGUGGUUUCCACAAUUGAUGCAAACGCAAAGAAUCCUUUUUUUGAAUCCAUGGAGCAAAUCUUGGGUUCCAUUGCCUACUCGGAUUCAAAUGUGGGGUAUAAUCCAGUAUAUACCAGCGCGUUCCAAGCAAGACACCGCCCCAUUGAACAUCAGUCUGAGGAAGACAGUUCCGUUCCAAGCGAGACGAGAAACGAAAACAUCGAGGUGAACUUGGAAGACAAAUGGAACGAUAACUCUGGAGUCGGAUCUUCAGAAGCUGCCCUCAACGCGGCACAAGUGGUUACUGCAACUUUGGGAACGAGAGCAAGCUUGUCGUCGCAAAAAAAGCAAAAGAGAGUUUCGUCGAAACAGUGCGAAUCCGAAUUGGAGGAACUUGACACUUCAGGAUUGCAGAGGCGUCGCGAAAUGAAGUCCAUUCCUUGUACAGUUGACCGCAACCUAUUUUCUCGUACUGGGACCGGUAAACCAACAGUGAACGAUGAAUUGGAAUGGACAGAUGACGAAGGUGUAACCUCCCUCAGAUUGGGCGAGCUGUCAUCUGAUUCAGAUGACAGUGAUGACAUCAAAGAGUCUUCGGUUGCAGUCUUCGAGUAUUCCGACUGA